GGCACUGCUUGUCCCAUGGGCAUCGCCAGCCAGGCACAAGCGGACGCUCCCCAGCUCUUUGAGGGCCCCCGGGCGGGCUGUGAGCGCGGCCCCCGGUGCCGGCCGCCCCGCCGCGCCGCACGGAGCAUGCCUCUGAGCCCCGCCGGCAGCAAGCAUGAGAGCCCGGAGUCGCCGCCGCCAGAGCCGCCGCCGCCGCCGGAGCGACAGCCCCGCGCCGCCGGGGAGCCGGGCGCCGGCCUGCGGGAAGAGACGCGGCUCGACCCGGCCCGGGGCCCCGGCGGGCCCCGCUCCCCCAAGCUGGCGGCCCCGGCGCGCAUGGAGGAGCCCGCGCCCGGCGCCAUCGUCGUCCGCAUCGGCAUCCCCGACCUUCAGCAGACGAAGUGUCUGCGGUUGAAUCCAGAUGUUCCUGUGUGGGUCUCCAAGCAGCGCAUUCUGUGCACUCUCAACCACAGCCUGAAGGAUGUUCUCAACUAUGGGCUCUUCCAGCCAGCCUUCAACGGCAGGGCUGGGAAGUUCCUGGAUGAGGAGCGUCUACUGCGGGAGUACCCCCUGAAUCCAGACACUCCUGUCCCCUACCUGGAGUUCCGGUACAAAAGGCGUGUGUACACCCAGACUUUGCUGGAUGACAAGCAGUUUGCCAAACUCCAUACAAAGGCAAAUCUGAAGAAGUUCAUGGAGUACGUGCAAAUGCUAAAUGCGGAGAAGGUCUGCAGACUGCUGGAGAAGGGACUGGACCCCAACUUCCAUGACCCGGAUACUGGAGAGUGUCCCCUGACCGCAGCGGCUCAGCUGGAACUUGGUGCCGAGAUGAUCAAAGCACUGCGCAAUGGGGGAGCACACCUGGAUUUCCGGACACGGGAGGGAAUGACAGCUCUUCACAAGGCUGUGCGGUGCCGCAACCAUGCGGCGCUGCUGACGCUGCUGGACCUGGGUGCCUCCCCAGACUACAAGGACAGCCGAGGGCUGACGCCCCUGUACCACAGCGCCAUGGUCGGGGGGGAUCCCUACUGCUGUGAGCUUCUGCUGCACGACUACGCCCGGCUGGGCUGCGUGGAUGAGAAUGGCUGGCAGGAGAUCCACCAGGCAUGUCGCUACGGCCAUGUUCAGCACCUGGAGCAUCUUCUCUUCUAUGGAGCUGAUAUGACUGCACAGAAUGCCUCAGGAAAUACCGCUCUUCAUAUUUGUGCUCUCUAUAACCAGGAGAGCUGUGCUCGGGUUCUUCUCUUCCGUGGUGCGAGCAAAGAGAUUCGCAACUACAACAGCCAGACGGCAUUCCAGGUGGCCAUCAUUGCAGGAAAUUUUGAAUUGGCUGAAAUCAUCAAAACCCACAAAGAGUCCGAUGUUGUGCCUUUCAGAGAAACUCCCAGCUACACAAAGCGGAGACGGAUCCUCGGUGCUGGCGGCCUCUCUUCACCGCGCAUGCUGCAGCGCUCGGCCAGCGACAACAACCUGAAGGCAGAGAGCCGGGCGUCCUACUCACCAGUGCCCUCGCUGCGCAGCCUGCCCCCCCAGCUGCUGGUGCAGAGAUUGCAGAGACGUCGUGACACGGAGAGGGAGGGGGAAAGGGACUCGGGGGUCGCGGGGGCGGCCGCGUGCAGGGGGCGCUGCGACCCCCGGACCCCCUCUCGCGCCGCCGGACCGGGAGGGGCCCCCCCCGGGCCCGGCCCCGGCCCCGAGCCCGCGCCGCACGCCGCGCCCGCCCCGCUGCGCGGGCCCAAGCGGAAGCUGUACAGCGCCGUGCCCGGCCGCAAGUUCAUCGUGGUGAAGAGCUACGCGCCGCAGGGCGAGGGCGAGAUCCAGCUCAACAGGGGCGAAGCCGUCAAGGUGCUGAGUAUUGGCGAAGGUGGCUUUUGGGAAGGAACCGUGAAAGGAAGGACUGGCUGGUUCCCAGCAGAAUGUGUUGAGGAGGUGCAGAUGCGACAGUAUGAUCCACGGCAAGAAACCAGAGAAGACAGGACAAAGCGUCUCUUCAGACAUUAUACUGUGGGCUCUUACGACAAUUUCACCUCUCACAGUGACUACAUCAUUGAGGAGAAGACGGCCGUGCUGCAGAAGAGGGAGCAUGAGGGAUUCGGGUUUGUGUUGCGAGGGGCCAAAGCUGAAACCCCAAUUGAGGAGUUCACCCCAACCCCAGCCUUCCCAGCGCUCCAGUACCUGGAAUCAGUGGAUGUGGAAGGCGUUGCGUGGAGAGCAGGGCUUCGCACAGGAGACUUUCUGAUUGAGGUGAAUGGUGUGAACGUGGUGAAGGUGGGGCACAAGCAGGUGGUCUCGCUCAUCCGGCAAGGGGGGAAUCACCUGGUGAUGAAAGUUGUUUCCGUCAGCCGCAAGCCAGAAUCAGAAGAAGUUGUUCGGAAAAAGGCUCCGCCGCCUCCCAAGAGAGCGCCCAGCACCACCCUGACGCUGCGGUCCAAGUCCAUGACAGCCGAGCUGGAGGAGCUGGCCUCCAUGCGGAGAAGAAAAGGGGAGAAACUGGAUGAGAUUUUGGCAGCAGCCGAGCCCUCGCUGAGAGCAGACAUUGUUGAAGCAGAUUCUAGGGCAGCCACUGUGAAGCAGCGACCAACAAGCCGGCGCAUCACGCCAGCAGAAAUCAGUUCACUCUUUGAACGCCAGGGUAUGGCAGCACAUUCGGGGGUCCUUGCGGGAGCUGAGAAGCCCCACGUUUCACUACGCAAAGGAAUUCCGCGGACAAAAUCUGUAGGUGAAGACGAGAAACUUGCUGCUUCUUUGCUAGAUGGGAAGUUUCCCCGGAGCACAUCGAUGCAAGACACUGUUAGGGAAGGGCAUGGGAUUCCACCACCACCUCAAACAGCCCCCCCCCCGCCGCCGUCGCCCGAUUACUUUGACACAGGCCCCCCGCCAUCCUUCUCACCACCUCCACCCCCAGGAAGAGCUUAUGAUACCAUAAGAUCAAGCUUUAAGCCAAGCCUGGAGGCUAAGCUCCACGGACUCCCACAGGUCAUUAGCGCAGCUGAGAUGUACGAUCAGGCGAGGACUUCCAUUCCUUAUCCUGAAAGGCAGAAGAGGGCCCGAUCCAUGAUAAUCCUACAGGAUUCCUCUCAUCUUCCUGUGGAGCCAACAGAGAUCCCCCGGCCUGGCCCAUCCGCAACCCCUCCAGAGAAGCUAAAGAGGAAGGGGAGAGUGAUUGACAACCCGUAUGCCAACAUGGGUCAGUUCAACGUCAGCCUGUUUGCUCCCACCAAGCCACAGAGGAAGAAGAGUCCUCUUGUUAAGCAGUUACAAGUAGAGGAUGCACAGGAGAGAGCAGCACUGUCCAUCACUGGAGGCUUUACCAGGGAGCCCUCUCCCACGCGCAGGAGCCAUCGCCUGAGUGGCGUGGAAUAUCAGCACCACACGGGCAUUGCUCAGGUUGAAGCCACAAGCAUCCCCUUUGCCACUGCCAUUGCUGGAGUCAUGAAGGACAGAGACCGGCGUCUGGAUGAGAAGCGGAAAUCCACUGUCUUCCUCUCAGUUGGGGCCAUCGAAGGAAGCCCCCCCAGCAGUGACAUGCCAUCCUUACAGCAGUCCAGGUCUAUCGAUGAGCGGUUGUUAGGAAGCCGAGAUGUACUACUGCCUUCCCCUGUCUCAGCUUUAAAGCCAUUAAUUAGCAGCUCAUCCUCAACGUUCAUCCACCCCCUCACAGGAAAGCCCCUGGAUCCAAACUCACCACUGGCGCUUGCGCUGGCCGCAAGGGAACGGGCCCUCUCAACUCAAGUCCCAUCCCGGUCGCCCACCCCGAUCCACAGCCCAGAUUCAGACAGAGCAGCACCCCUGUUUGUGGACAUCCAAACCAAAGAACCAGAGAGGGGGGAGUUGGAGAGUUUAGUGUCCCCUGCGUAUUCACCUGGAGGCAAAGGGGCAAUUGGAACGGACUCUGGGACUUUGGCCCCUACUAAGACCCCGUGGGGGACUCCGUCCACACUGAGAAAAGAAACUGAGGCAAGAGCAGAAACACCCGUGAAGGAGGAGAAAAAACAAGAAGACAAGAAGUCCAUGAUUAUUAGUAUAGUGGAUACAUCACAGCAGAAGACUGCUGGCCUUAUCAUGGUUCACGCCACAAGUAAUGGCCAAGACGAGGUAGGACUUGAGGUAAAAGAGGAGAAACCGGCUGUCCCUGAAGCAUGCACAGAGCCAGCAGAGUCUCCCAAAGCAGAGACCCAGCCCAGUCCCGUGGGAAAGCCUCCAGUCAGUCCAGCCUCUGACAAGACACUGGGACAAGGGAGUUCGGAGGAAGAAGUGGAGCCCUACACGGUUACCCUCCCACCAGCUCAGUUGUCUUCAAGCGAUGAAGAGACCAGGGAGGAGCUGGCCAAGAUAGGGCUGGUGCCUCCACCAGAUGAGUUUGCAAACGGGGUACUAGUCACCACCCCUGGCACACCAGUCAGCCACCUGGCUACGCCUAGCACGCCAUCCAUACCAGCGGCAGCAGUAGCACCUUCUACCACUGGCGGAACACCCUCAGGGAAGCCCUCUGAUGCCCCCGUAGCCCCAGAGUCUGCUGCAGACUCAGGAGUGGAAGAGGUGGACACCAGAAGUUCAAGUGACCAUCACCUGGAGACCACAAGCACCAUCUCUACGGUCUCCAGCAUGUCUACGUUGUCCUCAGAAAGCGGGGAGCCUACUGACACAUACACUUCCUUUGCGGAUGGACAAACUUUUAUACUCGAGAAGCCACCAGUGCCUCCAAAGCCAAAACUCAAGUCCCAGCUCAGCAAGGGGCCAGUUACUUUCAGGGACCCACUUUUGAAGCAGUCUUCGGACAGCGAGCUCAUCUCCCAGCAACAUGCGGCCACUCUGGCAUCAGCCAGCAUUGGCCGGCCACGCUACCUCUUUCAGAGAAGGUCCAAGCUAUGGGGGGACCCCAUGGAGAGCAGGCCAAUCCAUGGGGCUGAUGAUGACAAGCCAACUGUGAUCAGUGAGCUAAGUUCCCGACUACAGCAACUGAAUAAGGAUACACGAUCACUGGGGGAGGAACCUGCCGGGUCCACGUUAGAUCCCGGGAAGAAGUCACCGGUGGUCGCAGCACGACUUUUCAGUAGUUUAGGAGAACUCAGCACCAUUUCCCAGCGGAGCUCCGGGACCACCUACACAGUUCGACCUGGCAGUCGCUACCCUGUAACCCGACGUACCCCCAGCCCCGUGAAGCCGGCUCUGGAUCGGACAGAGCCCCUCAGCACCGUGCGGCCCUAUGGUCUGACCCCUCCCACCAUCCUCAAAUCUUCCAGCCUCUCCAUCCCACACGAGCCCAAGGAGGUGCGUUUUGUGGUGAGGAGCGUGAGCGCCCGGAGCCGCUCCCCGUCCCCGUCCCCCUCUCCAGGGCCGCCCCUGCACACCCUCCACCCGCCAAGGCCCUUCAUGCAGAAACCCCUCCACCUGUGGAACAAGUACGACGUCGGGGACUGGCUGGAAAGCAUCAACUUGGUGGAGCACCGAGACAAGUUUGAGGACCAUGAAAUAGAGGGCACACACCUGCCCGCCCUCACCAAGGAGGACUUUGUGGAGUUGGGGGUGACACGGGUCGGGCACCGUAUGAACAUUGAGCGGGCACUCAAGCAGCUGGUAGACAGCUGACCGUCCUAGGCAGCGCUGGCCUCUUCCAGAGCCACCACAUGGGGAGGGGGGGGCGUUUCUACUAGACUAAUAAAACCCAGUUUGAUUCUCUUUCUACUCUGAGCACUGCACUGAAGGGCGCGGAGCCGAGAGGCUCCCGCCCGCUCACACACAGCCCGCGUGCCACGCACACGCAGACCCCGCUCAGCCCCACCAGGCCCGCGACGCCUUCGGGAAAAGGAAUGUUGCAUGAAAUACAUCCUCUUUUCUGUUCCUCCCAGAGAGUCUGGCCUGUAUAUCGCUUGAUGUGCUCUUCCCUGGGGCGUCGCUGGUGGCAGGAGGGGCCGAGGCGCCAGGUGCCGCCGCGCCGGGCUCCCCGCACGGGACCCGCGGCACGGCGACACCUGGCUGGGGGGGGACUGUGCAGGGCCACCGUGCAGUCGAGGAACCGAACCUGUGCAGGGCAAGGGCUUCUGAGCAGCGGGCUCUGCGUGGGUUUUCCUGCAAGCCCAGCGCUGCUCGCAGGUCCCUUGUGUGGCAGGCAGGGAGGUGGCAGGCCAGACACGAGCUGCCCCGCCAGGGUGCGUGUGGGGAGCACGGCAAGGCAGGGCCCCGGCAGCGCGGGCUGCUGGGGGCGGCAGGCAGGGCGCUGCGUGGGCAGGAGCAGGACGGAGGCCCCGUGGGGCUGGGCGAGGAAGGGCGGCAGCGGGAGCAGGGCCCGUGGCAGGGCAGCCUCGCUGCGUGCCAGGAGAGCCGCGGUGACGGCCGCCCUGCUCCGGCCCUGCUGCGGCUCCCCCGGCAGACCCGUCGCAGGCAGGAGCAAGCCUUGCCGUGCGGGUGAGAAGAGCGCCAAGCGUGAGAGAGCCUGGCCUGUGGGCUCUGCUCCUCUGCCCGGCUGCGCUUGGUUUGCCCUGGAGAGAGAGGGACCGAAACCGCAUGGAUAGAAGCAUGUUUGGGGGGUGUCGGAGGGAGGCUGGUGGGGAAUCCAGCAGAAACCGCUUUGCCCCCCCCCCCCCCCCCCCCCCCCCCGGGGCGGUGUUUUAUUUCCUCUUGGUUUGGGGUCUUGUUUCCAAGGGGGACACAUUGAUGGAUAAUAUAUAAUCUCCGUGCAUUUAUAUAGAGAGCAGCUGAUGAUCUACAAGAGACGAUACUGAACUACAGGAUUCCCACUCCGUCUUAGUCAUCCUUAUUUUGCAUCUUUUUAAUCAGCUAUAUAUUUGAAAAGAGAGAACAAAUAUCUAUAUAUCUAUAUCUAUAGCUAUAGCCACCUGAUUUUGUUAUAAUUUUACUAAAUCUAUAUAUCUCUAGACUUGUUGAGAUGCUGAUGAGGUGGUGCCUGCACCCCUCCCCUGGGACGCCCAUGACUCAUGGGAGUUUUUAGUGACUGACUGAAUGAAUGUUAAAGUCUUUUUUUUAAAAAAAAAAAAU